AUGUUUCAACGAAGAUUAAUACGACAAAUGCGUAGAACUGUGCCAAGACCUUCUUCGACAGCUGUAUCUUCUUUUAUUCCCUAUUCUUCUGCAGCUGUCACUUCUUCUGAUCCGUCUACAGCUGUUGUUCCUCCACCUCCUUUAGUUUCAGUCCCUCCCCCUCCCGCUCCCGUUACCACAACCAACCUCGCCCUAUUGCUCGUAUUCGUAGUUAUUCUAGGUGGCCAGAGCCGAUGGAUCUUGAUCCACCUGGCAUUUUUGUUAAGACCCCUUAUAUUCCCCACCUAG